AUGGCGUGUGUCGACGGAGCUGCCGGCAGCCCCAAGGCAAGCAGCGGGCUUUGCCCCGCCCCGCCCCGCCACGCCCCGCCCUUGGCCAACGGCCGACAAGACAAGCUCUUCACCAGCCACAUUUGCCGCUCGUGGCGCGUGCUUUCACUCCCCUUCCUGCCACAUGUCAACUCGCCGCCUCCCUCGCUGCCGCAGCCAGGAGGCACAAACGACAAACUCAACUUUCCCAGCGCGAACCUCGCCAUCGCCCUCAGCACCCGCCGCGACUCCCCGUCUCUCGAGCCCAGAUCCCCAGCGAGACAAAACACAGACAGACGCAAAAGAGACCGCCCACCGACCCUGCCCAUCCCAAAACGCACACACACCAUGGCCCAGACCCUCGAGCAGCGUCGCCGAAACGCAAAGUUCGCCAAGGACCAGGAGGCCCGUAUGGGCAAGCCCGAAGACCCGGCCAAGAAGCGCGUCAAGGAGACGCCCAAGUCGCCCAUCUCGCCCGUCUGGAUAGGCGUCCUCGGCUUCCUCGUCGUUGGCGGCUUGCUCUUCGAAGCGCUCUCGCGCAUGCUCGGCUAG